AUGAUGAGUGAGAAACAGAUCUUUAAAUGGAAAGAGGAUGCAAAGAAAGCUUUUGAAGAAGUUAAAAAGGCCAUCGCUCAUGCUCGAACAUUAAUUAAUCCUGAUUUCAAGAAAAGUUUCAUUAUUUAUUGUAAUGCUUCAGAACACACAAUGUCCAGUAUUCUUCUACAGAAGAAUGAACUUGGUGAAGAGGUCCCCAUUGUGUUUAUGAGCAUUCCGCUUAAAAAGCAUGAAUUAAACUAUUCAUUGAACGAGAAGCGGGCAUUUGCAGUUGUAAAAUUUGUUAAACAUUUCAGGUAUUACAUAUUAGAUUCUCAUUCAGUUGUUUUUGUGCCAAAUUCCGCUGUUAAAAGGAAACCACAACUAGCUGCUUUACCUCUCAGGCCAGUAGUUGUGGAAGAACCUUUCAAGAAAUGGGGACUAGAUUUCAUUGGUCCGCUAACACCUUCCUCUAGCGCUGGACAUACACAUAUUCUCACGGCUACAGAUUACUUUACUAAGUGGGUGGAAGCAGUGCCUAUUAGGAGAACAACCUCAGAAAUAAUAUGUGAGUUCUUAAAAGAAAAUAUUUCGGUUCGUUUUGGGGUACCAUUGAAGAUAGUGACUGACAAUGCUGCAAGUUUUUCUUCUACAGAAAUAUCCAUGUUUUGUUAUGAUCAUGGUAUUUCCUUGGCGCAUUCCUCUGACUAUUAUCCACAAGCUUCCAAAUUACAGACAGUUAUUGAAGAUUCACAUUUUCAAAAUGCACUAGAAAGGAGGAUUAUGCAUCUGGCUAGACUAGAAGAGGAAAGGGAAAAAUUGGUUGACCACAUUACGGAACAUCAACAGUGGGUUAAAUAG